CACAGAAAUCAAAACAUGUCGAUCCCUUUAAUGGCACAAAAAAAGCUCACCGAAAUAGUGAAACCCUCAAAACACAUACCUAAACAAACUCUUUCUCUUUCAACACUUGACAAUGAUCCUUACAAUGAGGUCAUCUACAAGGCCUGUUACGUUUUCAAAGCCAAGAACGUUGUGGAUAAUGAUGACCAGGCGGAAGCUUUACUUAAGGAGGCUUUGUCUGAUCUUCUUGUCUAUUAUUGUCCACUUUCAGGGAGUUUGAAGCGGCAGGAGAGUGACCGGAAGCUUCUGUUGACCUGCGGUGGCGAUGAAGGUGGUGUGCCGUUCACGGUGGCUACUGAAAAUGUGGAGCUCUCUUCUUUGAAUAAUCUUGAGAACAUUGACUCAGAUACGGCCUUGAAGUUCUUGCCUGAACUUCACGUGGAGAACGAGUGUUAUCGACCUUUUGCUUUGCAGGUAACCAAAUUUGGAUGUGGAGGAUUCAUAUUAGGGAUGGCGAUGUCACAUGCAAUGUGCGAUGGAUAUGGUGAAGGUCAUAUCAUGUGUGCCUUAACUGAGUUAGCCGGCGGCAACAAGAAACCAACGUUGACUCCGGUUUGGGAAAGAGAAAGACUUGUCGGGAAACCCGAAGACGACGAUGAUGAACCUCCGUUUCUUCCCGGCGGCGACACGGCCGCUUCUCCCUACUUACCAACGGAUGAUUGGGUAACUGAAAAAAUAAAUAUUAAAGCUGAUAGCAUAAGAAGAUUGAAAGAAGCUACAUUGAAAGAGUACGACUUCUCUAGUGAGGCAGUCACUACUUUCGAAGUCAUAGGAGCUUAUUUAUGGAAGUCAAGAGUUAAAGCUCUUGAUUUGGAUCGAGAUGGAGUCACUGUUUUGGGUUUAUCAGUAGGAAUACGCAAUGUUGUGGAUCCACCUUUGCCUGAUGGAUACUAUGGUAACGCAUAUAUUGAUAUGUACGUGCCACUAACGGCUAGAGAAGUGGAAGAAUCGACAGUUUCGGAUAUCGUAAAGCUCAUAAAAGAAGCGAAGAGAAAGGCUCACGAUAAAGAUUAUCUUGAAGAAGAGCUUGUAAACACUGAAAAGAUCAUUAAGAUGAAUCUAACGAUCAAGGGAAAAAAAGAUGGGUUGUUUUGUUUGACGGAUUGGAGGAAUAUAGGGAUCUUUGGAUCGAUGGAUUUCGGGUGGGAUGAGCCGGUUAAUGUCGUCCCGGUCGUCCCAUCCGAGACAGCUAGGAUGGUUAAUAUGUUCAUGCGACCAUCUAGGUUGGAACCGGAUAUGGUCGGAGGGGUUCAGAUUGUGGUUACAUUGCCAAGAGUUGCAAUGGUCAAGUUUAAGGAAGAGAUGGAAGCUUUAGAGUAAACUUUUAUCUUCUUUUGUUUUGAGGAAAUCAUAAAAGAAUAAAUUAAAAAAUACGAAGAGGAUAUCUAAGGUUAUAUUUCGAAGAUUGAUAAAAGGGAGAAAAUGUCAAAAAAAAAAAAAAGUUAAAUAUGAUCUUAAUCUAUCAUGUUUUCUC